ACUGAAAAUGAAACGUUUUCAAUAGAUGAAUGUAGCAUGUGAAUGUCUGCGUUCCUUUCCCUUAUCUCUUGAUUGUCAAAGUUAUCAAUUCCAAAUUCUCCAAUUUUCCAACCAUUCUUUUGUUGGACUCUUUCUCGUCAACACCAUUUCCACGCUCAUUCCCCUGCUCCACAUACAGUUUACAACUGCUCCCCAAGUUUUAAAGUGCUAUUAAGUCCACACCCACAAAAUCGACACCCCCUUCAACUCGUUAACAAUGGUGCACUUCAGCACUCCCAUUUCUACUGUGAUUCCCACUGAAUCAUCUCCGAACGGGGCACGUCGUCCAUCUCCGACGUCAACAAUAAACGUGUUCGCCCCCCAAGGGUUUCUUACCCCCCUGCUUGUCAACGCUGGGGACUUUCCGGAGUCUCCCAGGUCCACGUCAUCUUCUGGAAGUUUAUAUGACUUGCGUUGUCCACAUUGUGGGAGCAGUGAUGUCCGAAGUUUAGCAAGUUCCAGCUCCAGCUCUGCUUCAUCGCCCAACUGUUGUGGCGCACCUCCUCCCUCACCAAUGCCGGCUUUUCAACCAAGAAACGUCAACAUGGAUCAUGGACGAGGCCAAAGAGGUGUUCCUCCUCCCCCACCUGGAAUGGGGGCAGGUCAGCCAAGUCAGCCAAAUGCACCACCAGCAGGACCACCAAACGUGAUGGGAUUCCAGCCAGGAAUCAACAACCAUUUCUACGCCGGGGGUGCGGCCAUUGCGCUCAAUCUCCAGACUCCAGGGACCUACGUGGUUGGCCUAACUGCGGACAUCGCUGUCGAUGGUCGUGGAGCAUGGGGACGAGCUCAUCAUCGACAUCCUUAUCAUCAACACCCUGGUGAUGCUGGUCAUGUCGACCCAGCAACUCACGGGAUAACAGGACAUUAUCAUCAAUAGCCAAUUUGUUGGGAGAAACAAUUGAAUCCUAUACUUAUAAGAGUAACUUCACUCGUCGGCUAAAGGAAAUCUUCUCUAUUCUAUUAUCUACUAUUUAAAAUCAUCAUCCACAACCCAGCUCAAUUCUACUUCUACUACCUCAGCUAAAUUAAAAUAUGACUAACAGAUACUAAUUUUCAAGUAAUUCUAAAUAUUUGUCACUUCGCCACAUUCCAAAUUAUUUAGUUUAUUUAAGUAUUUCAUAAUUGGACGUGGUUCCAUUAUUUCAUUAAUCUUCAUAAAAAAUUGUAGUUUUUUUUUCAAAAGUAAAAUUUUCAAUGCUUAUUCUUAGCUGUUAUAAAAUGUAUAUUUCGUACAUUAGAUUAAACUUUAUAAAAAUUUAUAAAACUGGCUCUAAUCAUAAGUUGUCACGUUCAUCAAAAUUAUUUUAAACAGACAUUAUGUGUUCUUUGACUUGAGAA